AUGGCAUCAAGAGGAUGUUAUGGUGUUCUAACGGAUGUGCAAAGCUACUUCUCGAUAGACGAUACUAAAAUUGGUCUUCUGCAAACAGUAUUCAUCAUAUGCUAUAUGCUGUCUGCAUUGAUAAGUGGAUUUCUGGGUGAUCGCUACAAUAGAAAAUGGUUAAUGAAUGCCGGUAUCACUUGUUGGAUUUUAUCAAUAUUCAUUUCAUCGUUUAUACCGUCCAAGUAUUAUUACAUAUUCCUGUCAUUACGUGGUGUUCUGGGCAUAGGUCAAGCGUGUUUCUCCACAAUAGCGCCGACAUUGAUCGCAGAUAUGUUCGUGAAAAGUAUGCGAGCACGUGCACUAAUGGUCUUUUUUUUUGCUGCGCCUCUUGGCAGUGGGUUCGGUUACAUGUUUGGCUCAUGGUGUAAUUCGUUGUUGAACGACUGGAUAUGGGGAUUACGUUUAACGCCAGUGUUCGGUGUUCUAUGUGUAAUCUUGAUCACUAUGAUAGUUCGUGAGCCAUUGCGUGGUGAAGCCGAGAUAGCAACUGGUGCUCAAACAGCCAGUCAUAUUGAGCCAACUUCUUAUUGCAACGACAUUUUAUCGCUUCUUAGAAUUCCAACCUACGUGAUGGCGAGUAUCGCAUAUACAGCGGUUGUAUUCGUGAUGGUAUCUUUAUCAUGGUGGGCGCCAACGGCAAUAUGUUAUGCAUUCGCAAUUAAUCACAAUCUUACUUCCACUGAACUGAUUAGCAAUACAGAUAAGACAAAAAUUAAUGCAAUCUUUGGUUUGAUAACAAUAACUAGUGGUGUUUUUGGUGUCAUCAUUGGGAGUGUAUGGGCUCAGAUUUUCAUCUGUCUGACGAAUACAACGAUGUGCUUCAACUUCGCGAUCAAUGUCGAGCUGUAUAUGAACGUUGUGAUCCCAACAAGAAGAAGUGUCGCAAAUGCAUGUCAAAUAUUCAUUUCGAACCUGUUUGGUGGUGCUGUGGGUCCAUAUGUUGUGGGCAAAGUGUCCGAUGCGAUUCGAGGUGACAAAAUCGAUCCUGUGGCACGUUUCAAUGCCGUUCUCACACCUUUCUAUCUGCUCAUUUGCAUUCUGUUAUUGAGUGGGGUGUUAUUCGUUGCGGCUGCUAUAUUUUUCAAACUUGACCAUCAAAAAUUUCGGGAUCAAAUGGGUAAUAAUGCAAUGUCAUUUUCUCAUGUUUUGUUUUUCGCUUGUUUUAUACAAAAUUGA